AUGUCACACUCUAAAGCCAGCUCAAGCCAGAGCCUAGUAGAGUAUCCCACCGGAUCUUCCCGUGCCGCUCCCUAUAGUGUCGAUCGUUUCAUGGUCGAGUCAUCUUCCUAG